CGACUUGCCUCGCGAACUUACUUCGCUUCAGCAAUUUGCACUGCCAUACCUGUCUUCUCGAAGCAGCAACAGCAGCACCUGCAGCCAUGUCGUCGCGGAAUGUCGCUACCGCUCUGCGCAUGUUCGCGACCCUCGGUCGCAGCCAGGCUGGCGAGGCCUCGGCCAUGAUGGGCACCGGCUCGGCGCUGCUCGCGCAGCGCGCGGCCGCCCUGGGCGGCGCCUCGGCUGUUAACAAGGGCUGCAGCUGCCGCUGCGGCCGCGUGGCGUGCAUGGGCGCGUGCAUGCCGAUGCGCCACCUCCACGCCCACCCCAACCCGCCCUCGGACCCCGACCAGGCCCUGGAGUACCUUCGCGAGGGCAACAAGCGCUUCGUGAACAACAAGCCGCACGACUCGCACCCCACGCGCAACCUGGACCGCGUCAAGGCCACCGCCGCGGGCCAGAAGCCCUUCGCCGCCUUCCUGUCCUGCGCCGACUCGCGCGUGCCUGUCGAGAUCAUCUUCGACCAGGGCUUCGGUGACGUGUUCGUGACGCGCGUGGCCGGCAACAUCGUGACCAACGAGAUCACGGCGUCGCUGGAGUUCGGCACGGCCGUCCUGGGCUCCAAGGUGCUCAUGGUGCUGGGCCACAGCGCUUGCGGCGCCGUGGCGGCCACCAUGAACGGCGCCGCCGUGCCUGGCGUCAUCUCCUCUCUCUACUACAGCAUCAGCCCGGCCUGCAAGAAGGCUCAGGCUGGCGACGUUGACGGUGCCAUUGCCGAGAACGUCAAGGUCCAGAUGGAGCAGCUCAAGGUGUCGCCCGUGCUGCAGGGGCUCGUGAAGGAGGGCAAGCUCAAGAUCGUGGGCGGCGUGUACGACCUGGCCACCGGCAAGGUGACCGAGAUCGCCUAAGAAGCAGGCGGCCGGCCGCCCGAUUCUGGGUUGCGGUGCGCUCGGGCCGUUGACAUCCACGGCCUGGCAGUAACAGGCGGUGGCGCAUUGCGUGGUGUGGGGCCUUAAGGCUGCGAAAAGCUGCAUGAACUCACCGCGACCCCUACGCGUCUGCCAAAGCUUAUCCUUUGCGUGAAAACUGUAGCCUACGGGCGUUUUUGCUUAGCACUGCUUGCCCAUGUAUGGCAUUUUUGUGAGUGUCGCACCGGAUGGCGUCAGGCGGACGAAACGUGUCAUAGACGGUGUUUGGCAUGGUGGAUGUUAGGUAGGCAUGGUGUAGUACCCGUCGUAUGUACAGCAAUCUGCGUUUGCAGGGUCAAUACGGGAUGUACGGCUUAUAUAGAUAACGGAUUGAUCACCCGAGUGUAGAUAGCUCUCAGGGGUCCAAGCUCAAGAGUCGGAUUACAGAGUGCAAGUCACCCUUCCAACUCUUGCAACACAAUGGCGCCU